GAGUAGGCAACAACAACCUUUAAUUUGCCUGUCCUUUUGGAGCGCUGUCGAGAGAGAAAAAACUCACCAUGUACUCUCCAAUUCUUCUCGGCUCAGUCUUUCUCUUCUUAAAUGCGGUGGAAUGUAAGGGUAAUUUUAUUCGUGGCAAUUCAUCGGCGUCGAGCCAAGCUUUCGAUUCGGAAGAAGCUGUGCCGUCCUCUUCUCGGCGUCUCGCCCGAGGAUUUGUACCUUUGAGCUGCAACGCCAACAUUGAUAAUUCCAAAUGUUCUUCCUUCAUCGACACAUUUGGCACUAACUCUGUUCAUGCAUCGAGGCUCGUUGUUCCGUGCGGUACUUGCGUUUCGAUGGAUCAUCCGGGCCCACUACUAACGCUGAACGACGGCAUUGACAUUCAAGGUAAACUGGUGUUUCCGGAUGGUUACCGGCUCACCGUCAACACCAACUUGGUGCUGGUCCAAGGAGAGCUAGAAAUGAAAAGCUCUAAAGCAGUAGAUGGAAUCCCCGAUGUUACGUUUGUUCUCCAAGGCUCCAGCAUCAGCUCCUUUGAACCGAUCGACAGCAAUACUGGCAAUUGUGGAGGGUCCUGUGACACAGGAGCUCGAUCGAUUACAGUUGCCGGUGGGAAAGUUAAUCUUAAUGGUCUUCCUGCCAACACACCGACGUGGCUACACAUCUACGACGUUAUCGGUAGCUCCGCUAUCGUAGUGUCCAACUCCGUCCGUGACAAAUGGGUUGCCGGGGCAACCAUAGUCAUCACUUCCGAGCACCAAGGCUUCUUCGGCGAUCAAGUCCGUACCAUCUCAAGCGUCUCCGAUGUUGGCUCAGGUAGGGUUCGUCUCAACCUCGACAAAGCCAUCAACCGCCCGGUAACGCUUCUCGAUAGCCCAGACUCUGCAACCGAGGUUGCCUUGCUUUCUCGCAACAUUGUCUUUCAAGGCGCCUCCGGUUCGGAUGGUGGUCACUUUUGGAUCAUGCACACUCCCAGUGUGAACCAGCGCAUUGAAGGAGUGGAGAUCGUCAACUUUGGACAGGAAGGGCUCCUGGGACGAUACCCUGUCCAUUUUCACAUGUGCGGGGACGUGUCGGGCUCGGUGGUAGCCAAAAAUACUAUCCGUAAUUCCAACCAACGCUGCGUUGUUGUGCACGGUACCGAUAACCUUCUCGUCCAAGAGAAUGUUGCCUAUUCCACCAAAGGUCACUGCUACAUGCUGGAAGACGGCAUCGAGACGGGCAACGAGUUUGUACGAAACAUUGGUAUCCUGACUGUCAAGGCGGAUGUCAUCAUUCCCAACAUGGGCUCCAACGGCGUGGAAACGGACAUGUCUGCCAGUACCUUCUGGAUCACCAAUGCGGACAACUCGUUUGUUGGCAAUGUUGUAGCUGGAUCGCAAGUCUUUGGUUUUUGGUUCGAACUUCAGGUACGCGGAAGCCUGGCCAAUGAGCACCAAGACUUUGACCCCAUGACGGUCCCGACUCGAAAGUUUGAAGGCAAUGUCGUCCACAGCGUAUUUGGGGUAGGAUUGACCUAUUACUUGCACGGAUACAUUCCAAAGACGCUGCAGUAUUUUGAGAACAACAAGUUCUUCCGUAACCGGCACAUUGCACUUCGUAUCCAUCGGACUCGAAAUAUAUUUCUAAAAGGCAACACAUUCUCCGACAAUGCUUUCGCAAUUGUGGUCGAUCGCGCCGAAGAAAUUCACGUUGCCGACACUACAAUUGUUGGUCACUCGGAUGUCUUUGCGGAGGUGGUGAAAAGGAAUCGCUUUGCCAAUAUGCGAUGUCCACAAGGCAUAGGUUUCCAGUCAACCAACCCGUGGGUUCGAAAGAUGGAUUCCGAGCUGAACGGUGUUAUCCUGGAUCAAGUGGCAUUUUCUGGGUUUUCCAAAUCCGUGUGUUCUGAUGCAACCGCAAUCGAUCUGACGUCUCGACUAGACGGCUACAAAUCCUUCGAAAUGUUCUCCAGGUACACCGGUGUGACCGUAGCCGACACGGACGUGAUCAAUUUUUGCAGCGGAAAGUCAGCUGGGGCAGAUGAUGUUGACACUUGCAUCCGCACAGUGCACUACUAUGUCCCAGAGAGCCAAAGCCAAGAUUACACUCUCAAGGUGUGCGAUCGUGGCAACACUUCCGACUGUAUUGAGCUCUCCGGUCAUGUCCACAGUAGUCACCGAUGGCCCCGCCGAUUUGCCGUGCAUGUCCCGUCGGGGCGACAGUACGACGCAGUCUUUCUGAAUAAGGGAGUGCCUGUGUACCCAACCAACGUCGACAUUGAGUUCCAGGAGAAGCUUUGUCCAACGGCACCCAAUGAUGAAGACAUCGUUCUUCUCGAGAAGGCUCGAGGAACAACCUUUCCUCCAACAUCCAGCCCGACAACAUCCCUCGAGGCCUGCGGUAAUCUGAUUGCGAACUCGGAUUUUGAGCGCGGAUACGACGGGUAUUGGGAUGCAGCCGGCGAAGGUAGUUUGUCCAAUGUAGCUGGCUACAACUCUCCAACAGCCAUGUACUACGACUCUGGCAAUCGUAACCGAUACUGGACAGGACCAGCACAUAAAUGGCGAGACGGAUUAGAUUUCCAGUGUCUGACUCAGGGUACAACAUGGAAGUUUUCUGCUCGCAUGAAGCUUGUCGACAAAGAAACUGGAAAGGGAGCAUCCUGCAAUACCGGUUCUACGGCGGAAGGCGAAAUGUGCCCUCGGGUGACACUCGUGCUACGCGAUAAAUCUUGGACUCUGCAUACUGUUCCAACUUCUCGUCCUACCAAGGUUCCGACCGACAGGCCCACCCCCAGUCCAACCAAACUUGCAACCGGCCUUCCAACAGAGAGUCCAGUCAUGAGUCCUUCUGUAGGGGACCUGGACUCUUGCUCCGAAGUGAUUGCAAAUUCCGAUUUUGAACUCGGAUCCAAGGGAUACUGGUCCACCCACAAUGGCGCUAGUGUGUCGGAUGUGGAAGGCUUUACUUCGUCCACGGCCAUGUAUUAUAAUUCCGGAAACCGCAAACGAUACUGGCAGGGACCGGAGUACAAGGGUGGCAUUGACCUUAACUGUCUGGAGCAGGGCACAACAUGGAAAAUAACGGCCAAACUUCAACUUGUCGAUGUCUCAACGGGGGAAGGCAGUUCUUGUGUCGUUGGUUCCAACAAUGCGAAAGAACGGUGCCCGCGCGUACGUCUCGUUCUCCGCGACGGAACGUGGACGCUUCGACAGGAGCGCAUCGAUGGAUAUACGGAUGCGGAGAGCUGGGACACCAACGGCAUGAAUUCCUACACCGGUUACUGGACGGUCCCGGCAGAUGGUCCGAAUUGGAAUGGCAAAGUCCGCAAUUUCCGUUUGUCGCUCGUUGAUUUUCCGUUCGACACGGAUCUAGUCGUUGAUGAUUUCAAGAUGACGCGUGUCUCCUAAGAACGGUGCAACGACACGGUACGCCAUCGACCCGCGUCCGCGAAGAAACAAUCUCACGAACAAUCCAACCAGCGAAUUGGAACUGAUGUUCGUCAUUCACGGUCAUACAUAAUCAUAAAUGCAUAACAACUAAUAUUUCCGAGAAGGAACCAUAUUCAUUUUUCUUUAUCGCUUCGCCCAAUUUCACUACAGAGAAACAAGUCACUUUACACUAGAAAGUCAGUGAAAUCGACAGUGACUGCUGUUGUCGUAUUAGCUGCAGACGGACCUUGACGGUAGAGCGAGCCCUUUCUUUCUAUUGUUCGUCGUGGAUCGAACCUUGC